ACUUAAUUAAUCCAACACCAAGGGUUCUUAACAAUGUAACAACAUGAAUGUAUCUCAACAGAAUUAUGGUGAGGAGAUCAUCACUGGUGGUGGCGGUGGCGUUGGUGGUGGCGGUGAUGUUCGUGCGGGCAAAUACCUACGCCCACGGGAGUGCUCGAUAUCAUUUAUCGGAAUGUUAUCUUACUCCUGACUUAUACUGCACGUUACCAUCCUUCUGUAACGUAACAGUACCCGAUAUUUCAUGCUCCAUAGGAUGGACUUGCUGCACUGAAUGCGACACAGCCAACUGUUCUGGCACCUGCAGAGCUAAGGGGGGCUGUUUGGAAGACGAGUUCACGGUGACGGAAUGUGGCAAAUACUGCGACUGCUGUAACACCUGUCAAGAUGAUAACUGUACUGGCCAGUGUGUGGGCAGCCCUUACUUCUGUACCGGUGGCAACUACAUUGAUGGAACAUGCGCCGGAGGUAAUUGUUCCUGCUGUGUACCUUGUGGAUCCCCAGACGCCCAGUGUGCUGAAGCAGGUGGUGUGUGUGUCGGUGCUGGGAAUGAAUGUCCAUGUGGCUCCCUACCCCAUCCUGACUUCGGAUGCACUAGUGGAGACUGCAUCUGCUGUGUUGCCUGCUACCCUUUACUUGGCUGCAUCGGAGGACACAAUCCUGGAAGGUGCGUGGCUAAUGUGACCAUGUGCGACAUGACUAAGGAAUACAUCUCCAGCGACGAAUGUUCUAGUAUUGAUGGUAGCUGUUCCUGCUGCAAGACUUGCACACCUGAUCAAAUAUGUGCUAGUGAAGGAGGCAUGUGCGUCAGCAAAAGUGGUAACUGUGCAACAGGAUAUAGGGAGAGCAUACUCGGUGGAGGCUGCUGUGCCGAUGAGUGUAAAUGUUGUGUUCCAGACCCGUGUUCUAAUGCGGACUCCACCUGUACCGCUGAUGCAUAUGGUACAGUAUGCACUAGUAGAAACAGAUGUAGGAAUAAAAGGCUACAAUAUAUGUCAAAUGACACCUGUGAGUCAUCUAGGGAGAUGUGCUGCAAGGCGUGCAUUCCCGACACGACAUGUUCUAGUCAAGGAGGACACUGUAUCAAUGCAGAUGAACGUUGUACGGGAGAUCUUAUAGAGAGCACUACCGGAAGCUGUUGUGAUUCUCAAUUUUGUAAGUGUUGCAUUCCGGACCCCACAAAAACAUGUUGGAAUGCGACGUGCCUUACCAAUCCCAAUCCUGUUGUGUUUGGCUCCAAUUGUAGAGAUAUUGGGGACUACAAAUUUGACUCUGAUUGUCGUACAAAGUGCUGCAAGAAAUGUAAGCCAGACGCUCAGUGCUGCAGUGAAGGAGGGAGAUGCUACAUUGAUAAUUGUCCCGUUGACCUUCAGCAGUCACAAACUGGGACAUGCAAUGAUGAUGCCAACUGUAAAUGCUGUGUUUAGAAGGUCUUCAAAGUGUGUGACCCUCUCAACAAGUGUCCUGCCCGCCCAGUGACGCACAGAUGCACACCUUGAAAAUUUGCCUCGAUUAUUUCCUUUUUUUUAGUCCUAUCAUUGCCAUUCAUCGAUCUGAACUAAACCUGAACUAAAACCAACUUACUUCAUGAAUUACGAAUAACCAUAUGACUUUUUCUUUUCUCUUCGUUCUAUAAACCUUAAAAAAAUAAAUUCAACAUGAGAAAUCAA